AUGAGGUGGUCGCAGCUGCGGCAGGACCGCCACAACCGUUGGAUUAGAAAUUAUCUCAGGUUUUUGGUGAAAGAAUCGCUGGAGAAGAAGUUCAAGAAGUUGAUAUUAUUUCUGCCAUUGAAUUUGAUAAAACUGGGGAUCAUCUUGCCACUGGUGACCGCGGGGGUCGUGUUGUUCUGUUCGAGAGGACAGACACAAAGGAUCAAGGUGUAUCAAGAAGGGAUCUGGAGAGAAUGGAUUAUCCAAUUAGUCAGCACCCUGAGUUUCGUUACAAGACAGAAUUCCAGAGCCAUGAGCCUGAGUUUGACUAUCUCAAGAGCUUGGAAAUAGAGG